CGUUCAGGUGAAAGUCUGACGUCAAAGCGAGUGCAAAAACCAACCCGGUUUAAAUGCGCCGCCCGCGGGUGCACCGUCAGUUCCGUGCGCGCGUUCAUGGUGCCGUGUGUGCCAGUGAACGCAGUGGUGUGAGAGAGAGAGAGAGAGAGAGAGAGAUUGAGAAGGGGAGAGAGGGAGAGAGGGAGAGAAACGUCAACAUGAGCAAGUUUGGUUCUUUGGCGAAGCGCAUAAAGUCGGCGCGUACCGGCGUGGCGCUCGGUGAGCAGGUGUGCAUGGUGGAUUGCGCGCCCCCGUGUCCGUGCGGCUCGUCUCCGCCGUGCGUGUGUCCGUCCUCAGGAGGCGCAGGCGGAGCGGAGGAGCUGAAGGAAAAUGGAGGUCCGUGUGAGACAGGAGUGUCCAGCAAUCGUGGUUUUGAUAAUCUUGCCUAUAUGGCAGGAAGCCUCAGUGAACUUCGACCACAUGCUGGCCAGAUUUCUCACCUAACCCUAUCUCUAACUAGCGGCCCUUCCUGUUCAGAUAACGCUCACACCCUCCAGACGCGUCUCUCUGCACUCAGCGGUGUAGCCGAUGUGUUUAUUUCCCAGUCUGGAGGCAGAGUGUGGGUAGGCUACUAUCAAUCUGCAGUCACGGCUAAAGAGAUCGUACAGGAGAUUCAGGGGAUUGGAUACCGAGUGAGAGACAUGACAAAUGCUCCUCCAUCUGGAGAAUCAGCUCAGGAAGAAAGCUUGGUAAGAUUCAGAGUGGAUGGAAUGACCUGCCACUCAUGUGUUCGCUCCAUCAAGGACCGGAUUGGAGCACUGCAAGGGGUUAUGGGUUUAAACAUAUCUUUAAGUGACAAGGAAGCCUUUAUAUGGUAUAACCCCAAACUAGUGGAGCCAGAACUCCUCAGGGAAAACAUACAAGGCAUGGGCUUUGAUGCCUGCCUCAAUCAGACAGACCCAAGCCAUGUCAAGGUGGCACAAUCCGAAUGGGUUGAGGAGAGCUUUGGUGUGGAAGGAAUGCAUUGUGGGUCGUGUGUCAAAAAUAUUACAGAGAGCUUAUCUGGAAUGCUGGGUGUCCAGGGUGUGUUGGUGUCAUUGGAAAACAGAAGUGUGCAUUUGACAUACGAUCCAUCUCUGGUUACCCUGGUUACAAUCAAAGCAGUAAUAGAGGAACUACCAUAUGGCAAAUACAGAGUAACUCCAGAUUUCCAGGAACAGAUUGGAAGAACUAAUGGAUUUUUGCAGAUAUCUGGAAUUCAUCCCUCGGACACUGCUUCACUAGAGAGAGUGAUGAUUAUAAUCAAAGGCAUGACAUGUAAUUCUUGUGUGCUGUCCAUAGAGGAAAUAAUGUCCAAGAGAACUGGUGUGCAUGCUAUCACAGUGUAUCUGAACAAGCAGAAGGGAAUAAUUACGUUUGACCCCAGAGUGACUCGUCCUGAGGAACUCAGGGAGGCCAUCGAGGACAUGGGAUUUGAGACAUCCAUUGAACUAGAUUCUGCUGGUAAUGACGUCCUACACAAUAGGCAGGAUUCCCAAAAAAGCGUACCCUCAUACCUCAAGAAUGGGACUCAACCAAGAAUUACACCUCAGACCUUUAAAUCAUCAGUCAAUCCAUCGCGAAUUGAAGAUCCUGUAGAGGCAAAAACACAGAAAUGCUUUGUCCGGGUCACAGGGAUGACCUGCACUUCCUGUGUGGCCAACAUCGAGAGAAAGCUGCACAAGCAUGCAGGUAUUAAGUCUGUCCUCGUAGCCUUGAUGGCAGGUAAAGCUGAAAUUAGGUAUGACCCAGACUACGUGGAUUCAGCGCAGAUAGUUAAACUCAUCGCUGGACUGGGAUUCGGAGCGUCUCUAAUGGACGACGGUGCAGUCAGCAGCGGCCUUCUGGACCUUUCCGUAACUGGCAUGACAUGUGCUUCCUGUGUCCAUACCAUCGAAACCAAACUGCAAAGUACAGAUGGCAUUCUGGAGGCCACUGUUGCCUUGGCAACCAACAAGGCUCACAUUAAGUUUGAUCCCGAAGUGGUCGGGGCGCGCGACAUCAUCCAAGUUAUCGAGGGUCUUGGGUUUGACGUGUCAUUGAUAAGGAAUGAUGCUUUAAGAAAAAAUGAUGGCUUGGAUCACCAGAAGGAGAUACGACUUUGGCGUCAGUCUUUCCUGUUCAAUCUGCUGUUCGGGAUUCCUGUCAUGGGCCUGAUGAUUUACAUGAUGGUGAUGGACAAGCAGCAUGAAGAACAUGAAGGAGCCAUGGCAGACAUGCAGAACGUGCUGCCCGGACUCUCGCUUCUUAACCUCAUUUUUUUCUUGCUCUGUACCCCGGUCCAGAUCUUCGGCGGCCGAUACUUCUAUAUCCAAGCCUAUCGUUCUCUAAGACACGGCGUAGCCAACAUGGAUGUGCUAAUCGUUCUGGCCACCACUAUUGCGUACGUUUACUCCUGCGUGGUGCUGGUGGUAGCCAUGAGUGAGGAGGCUAAGCAAAGUCCGGUCACUUUUUUCGACACACCUCCCAUGCUGUUUGUUUUCAUUGCCCUUGGACGCUGGCUGGAGCACAUUGCCAAGAGUAAGACGUCAAAGGCUCUGGCCAAACUCAUGUCUCUGCAGGCCACAGAUGCGACUAUAGUGACACUGGGACACGACAACGCAAUCAUCAGGGAGAAGCAGAUCUCAGUGGAGCUGGUGCAGAGAGGAGAUGUGGUUAAAGUGGCACCUGGUGGGAAGUUUCCGGUCGAUGGGAAAGUGAUCGAGGGAAACUCCAUGGCUGAUGAGUCUCUGAUCACAGGAGAGCCGAUGCCAGUCAGGAAGAAACCUGGCAGCUGUGUGAUUGCUGGUUCGAUUAAUGCUCAUGGAGCGCUGCUGGUCGAGGCCACACAUGUAGGAGCAGAUACAACACUCAGCCAGAUCGUCCGUUUGGUGGAGGAGGCACAGACGUCCAAGGCACCGAUCCAGCAAUUUGCAGACAAGCUGAGCGGAUACUUCGUCCCUUUUAUCGUGUUCGUCUCCGUGGCAACGCUGGCAGCUUGGCUUAUUAUUGGAACUUUCGAUUUUGACAUCGUGGCAAAGUAUUUUCCUGACUACGAUAAGGAUAUUUCCCGGGUCGACGUGGUGGUCCGCUUUGCCUUUCAGGCGUCCAUCACUGUUUUAUCUAUUGCUUGCCCCUGCUCUCUGGGUCUUGCGACCCCCACGGCGGUGAUGGUGGGCACAGGGGUCGGGGCGCAGAACGGCAUUCUUAUCAAAGGUGGAGAGCCGCUGGAGAUGGCCCACAAGAUCAGAGCGGUGAUGUUCGACAAAACAGGCACCAUCACAAACGGGGUCCCCCGAGUCACUCGUGUGCUGGUUCUCUGGGAUCGAGCCCGCCUGCCUCUCCGGAAAGUUCUAGCCAUAGUGGGCACUGCGGAGGCCAGCAGCGAACACCCACUGGGCAUGGCAGUCACUAAACACUGCAAAGAGGAGCUUAGCACGGAGACCCUGGGCUUUUGCCAUGACUUCCAGGCUGUACCGGGGUGUGGGAUCAGCUGUAAAGUUUCCAAUAUCGAGGAUCUCCUGCAGAUUAGUGCGGAGACAGACGGCACACAAACACAGACACACACACAGACACACGAGCCGACCUGUCUCACCCUCCAGGGAGCCACCAUGGAUGAGAGUAACUUAGUUACAGAUGGAGAUGUGGGUUCAGGCUCUCCCUCAUAUUCUGUCCUGAUCGGGAACAGGCAGUGGAUGCAGAGGAAUGGAUUACAUGUCACACCUGACGUGGAUGAAGCCAUGAGCAGCCAUGAGACAAAAGGACAAACAGCUAUUUUAGUGGCUAUAGAUGGUGUGCUGUGCUCUAUGUUAGCAAUAGCAGACACGGUAAAAGAGGAGUCGGCUCUGGCUGUACACACUCUGGGCCGGAUGGGGAUCGACGUUAUGAUGAUCACAGGAGACAACCGUCGCACCGCUAAAGCCAUCGCCACACAGGUUGGCAUCAAAAAAGUGUUUGCGGAGGUCUUGCCCUCUCACAAGGUGGCUAAAGUGCAGGAGUUACAGGAAAAGGGGCUGAAGGUGGCCAUGGUGGGUGACGGAGUGAAUGACUCGCCCGCUCUCGCUCGUGCUGAUCUGGGCAUAGCCAUCGGCACGGGCACCGAUGUGGCCAUCGAGGCAGCGGACAUCGUCCUCAUCCGGAAUGAUCUUCUGGAUGUGGUGGCCAGCAUCGAGCUGUCCAAAAAGACAGUGCGAAGAAUCCGUAUCAACUUCCUGUUUGCUCUCGUUUAUAACCUGCUCGGGAUACCGAUCGCUGCAGGUGUGUUUAUGCCCGUGGGUUUGGUGCUCCAGCCAUGGAUGGGUUCAGCUGCAAUGGCUGCAUCCUCUGUCUCCGUCCUGCUCUCCUCUUUACUGCUGCGAUGCUAUAAGAAGACAUCGGCGGAUCAGUACGAAUCGAGAGCUCAUGGGCGCAUGUGCAGUCUGAGGUCGUCUCAGGUCAGCACUCACGUGGGGUUGGAGAAGAGGCGAUGCAGCCCUCGGACCCUUCGCCGCAGUCGCUCCAGACACAGUCAGGUUUCUCGAUCUCCAUCUCAAACCUUCAGAGCCGAACGAGUGCAUGCGGAGCUGGACCGCCACCAUCUGCUCGAGAAUGAACAUUAUGGCCCUGAAUUUAUUGUGUAAGAAAGCCAUGGAGUUUACAGUCUGUCCUUACAGGUUCACAAAACAGAUCUCGGAUGAGUGCAUCAUUACAUUUUUAUCACAGGGUUCAAAAUAUAUGCAUUAUAGAAAGAUUGUGUUUGAACCCCAUCAGUCUGGUCGUCCUGCUGGCGGGAAAAGGCCUCUGUUUUUUAAAGAGCAUCACUGAUUUCGCUAUAAGAAUCUACAAAUGUGAAAAUAACCAGCAGGCUACAAUUUGUCAAUGGUUUGCUCUUGGUUUCAUUGUAAAUAUGUACAAAAUUAAUACAAUGUACAGUACAUAAUAUUACAGAUGGGCAUGUAUUAAACUGGCUACAGCACUGGUUAUGGUUACUGUACCACAUGACUCCAUACUAUACUUUAAUGAACUAUACUAUGAAACACUAUUUCAGUUUUAUCUACUACACUGCUAUACAGUAAAAUAUAGCAUAUAUAUUUUUUAUAGUAUACUAUACCAUAUUGCUCUACCAUACUAGACUAUAUUUUAAUAUGUUAAAACUUUCCAAUAAUUUGAACAAAUAUUAAAUUAUUUAAUUCAUUAUACUGCUGUACUGUAGCUAAAAAAUACCCAUUACAUCUACUAUAACACAAUCUUUAUGUUAUUUACUCUUGGUCUUUGUAUUGGUCUUUCCUAUUGCUUCUGGGUAUUAUAAUAAACUAAGUUU